UCCCAUAACACAUAACUCUUAUCGACUCGGGCCUGUCCGAGUUACACCCAACUCCUCCCCCGAGUGAUGGCUUUAUAUACUACUGCUACUACUACUGCAUUCCUCCUCCUUUCUCUCCUUAUCUCAACAGCCCAAGCUGAUGGCCCUUGUCCACUCACCUCCUCCGGCGACUCUGAGCUUCCUCUCCUCCACAUCUACGGCAAAUGCUCCCCCUUCCAUCCACCCAAGACCGAGUCAUGGACUGACACAGUCAUUCACAUGGCCGCCAAGGACUCAGCUAGACUCACCUACCUAUCCAGCCUUGUCGCCAAGAAACCAACCUCAGUCCCCAUCGCAUCGGGCCAACAAGCAUUGAACAUCGGCAACUACGUCGUCCGAGUCAAACUCGGUACCCCGGGUCAACUCAUGUUCAUGGUCUUAGACACCAGCAACGACGAAGCCUGGGUUCCUUGCAGUGGCUGCUCCGGUUGCUCUUCCACCGUCUUCUCACCCAACGUGUCUUCCACUUAUGCAUCCUUGGACUGCAGCAUGGCUGAAUGCGGCCAAAUUCGCGGCCUCUCCUGCCCAGCCACAGGAACGAGUCCGUGUCUCUUCAACCAGUCCUACGGCGGCGAUUCCUCCUUCUCCGCCACCUUAUCUCAUGACUCACUGAGUUUAGCCCCUGAUGUUCUAUCAAAUUUCGCUUUUGGUUGCAUCAAUUCCAUCUCCGGUGGAUCUGUCCCACCUCAGGGCUUACUGGGCCUGGGCCGAGGGCCCAUGUCCUUGAUCUCUCAAUCUGGUUCACUCUACAAUGGUGUGUUCUCCUACUGCUUACCUAGCUUCAAAUCUUACUACUUUUCCGGGUCAAUGAAACUCGGACUCACGGGUCAACCCAAGAACAUCAGGACUACUCCUCUCCUACGUAACCCUCACCGGCCGUCGUUGUACUAUGUGAACCUCACCGGUAUCAGCGUCGGUCGUGUUCUGGUCCCUAUAGCACCGGAGCUUCUCGCAUUCAAUCCAAACACCGGUGCAGGGACCAUAAUUGAUUCGGGUACGGUGAUAACCCGGUUUGUGCAACUAGUGUACACCGGGAUCCGAGAUGAAUUCCGGAAGCAGAUCGGAGGGUCCAUAUCUUCAUUGGGUGCAUUUGAUACCUGUUUUACGGCCACGAAUGACGCUUCGGCACCGGCAGUGACCCUACACUUUACCGGCAUGGAUUUAAGGUUGCCAAUGGAGAACACAUUGAUACAUAGUAGCUCAGGUUCAGUAGCAUGUUUGGCAAUGGCUGCAGCUCCAAGUAAUGUGAAUUCAGUGUUGAACGUCAUAGCUAAUCUGCAACAACAGAACCUCAGGAUACUCUUUGAUCUCCCUAAUUCUCGUUUAGGAAUUGCUCGUGAACUCUGUAACUAAUC